CCCACUCAGUUGCCCCCUUACUCAGUCACACACUCAGUCGGGUCAGGAUUCAGCCCCCUGUGCCCACCCUUCCAAAGUCCAGUAUCAGAGAUUGCUAGCACCCUCAGUGAGCUGCUCCACGGCAGCCUCUCACCUUUCUGACUCUCUACCUCAAGGAGACAGGCACAACUUGAGACGACCCCCUGAGGGGCCUUCAGGACAGUAAAGAAUUCCCAGAGGCAGCCAUCAUGUCGCAGUUUUCGACCAUGACUACCAGGGAAAGGAAAAUGCAGGCAGCAGCAAUCUGCAGAGAGGUUCAAGGCCAAGAGGAUGCACACAUGGAUCUUGGGAAGAAAGUGAGUGUCCCUAAAGACAUCAUGCUGGAGGAGCUGUCGCUUGCCUCCAACCGGGGAUCCCGUCUCUUCAAAAUGCGGCAGAGACGUUCCGAAAAAUACACCUUUGAGAGCUUUCAGAAUGCAACUAACAACCUACUAAAUAGCCAAACAGUUUCCCAGACAGUGAACGAGUCCACCAGCGGCAGUGGGAACGAUCUGAGUUUGGAGCAGCCGUGCAAAGUGACAUCCAACACACAAGAUACCACAAUGGUGCCAAACCCGGACAGCAUCGCCCCGGGAUAUGGGGGUCCUUUGAAAGACAUCCCUCCAGAGAAGUUCAACUCUACAGCUGUCCCAAAGUCAUACCACUCACCCUGGGAGCAGGCCAUCAUCAAUGACCCUGCUUUGGCUGACACACUUAUCUCUCGUAUGCCUGAGCUGGAGCACCGAACAAACCUACCAGGAUACAAAAGCUUCAACAGGGUGGCAACCCCUUUCGGGGGCUUCAGCAAGGCGCAGAGACCCGAGACCAUCACAGCCCUGCAGGAGGAGUCUGUCCAAGAAAUCCCUGCUCUGCAGGGGGAUUGUUCUCUGAACCGGCCAUCCUUCAAUAGAGUGCCUCUGGGAUGGGUUUCAACCGGUGGCUCGGUCACACUCCCGAAUAUCUCUCUUGAGAUCCCCCUCAUCCCUGAAUCAGAAGACCUUUGAAUCCAAGGAGAAAUGUCACAGGGGAGGUUGAGGAAGUAGCAACUUUAGCCAGGGUUAGUGUGGGCUGCGUUAGAGAAUUUAUUCCCAGCGAAACGAUUAGAUUGGUAGCAAUCACAGAGCAAGAUGUGAAAUUAUUAUGUAACCAUGUAAAUCAAAAUGUUGUAUAUCAACAUGCACAAGAAUGCUUUUCUUGAAAUAAAGUGAGGCAAAAAUGCAACAGAAGCUUUA